AUGUGGGAUGAACUUACUGUAGAAAGAUUUCGUAUAGCUGAAGAAUAUCGCAACGGGGAAAACAGUUACUACGCGCCAUAUAAUAGAUUGUUAUCGAUCGUAUUUCCCCCGGAUAGCAGAUACACCGUUGAGCCUGUUACCCAUCCUAUAGGUACUCGCAAAACCAUUGAAUACAUGGUAACCAUGCAACUUGGUCACAAGAUAUUUCCCGUGCUUGUCGUGGAGAUAAAAAGUCCGGAUAGCCUACAAAGCCUAUCAGCGAGACGGGAAGCAAAUGAACAAAUAGCAAAUAGAUAUGCAAGCAUAGGAAACCAAUGCCCCCUUGAGAUCUUCUAUGCUAUAAUUGCAUUUGGAACGAUGAUAUCCAUUUACACUCUUGACAAGUCAUCUGGAACCAUCGCUCCCUCUUAUCCACCUGCAGAUCGCCAGAGACUCAAUGAUAAUGUACCUGAAGACGCAUGGAACAUCGAUGUAUUGGAGGAAAACGGUGCUAACACAAUUAAUGAAGUUUUUACCGACGUACAACGAAUGUGUGAGAAUCUGAGAGCCAGACUAUCCGCUGAUUAA